AUGGAGUCUAUGAUGAGUCAACUAGUUGUGAGGGACCAAACUACCCAAAAGACCCUUAGUGAACACGACCUCAUGCUUAAGAACCACCAAGCCUCAUUCCAAGACCUUCAACGAGUCGUAGGGGAUAUGUCUAGAAAAUUAGAAGAGAGGUUACCCGGUCAAUUUGCGGGUAAUACCCAGCCCAACCCCAAUGCCCAUGCUAAAGCCAUUACCACCCGUAGUGGCAAGACCGUCGGAAACCCUAGAGUUGAGGAGAGAGUAGUUGAUGAGGAAGGAGAUGUGAUAGAUGAGGAGAUUGAAAUGGAGGCUCCCGGCAAAGUGCAAAACAGGCUAAGCCCAGCAAGUACCGCACAGCCCGGUGAGUCUCAAAGUGAGAAGAGAGUUGAGAAAACCCCAAUAGACGUUAGACCUUCCCCCUUAGUGAACCAUGCGUAUGUCCCGUUCCCUUCACGCCUUAAGAACCAAAAAUACUCAAGGGAAUAUGGGCAAUUUUUAGACAUCUUCAAGCAAUUGAAGAUUAACCUUCCAUUCAUAGAGGCACUUCAAUCGAUGCCUAAAUACGCUAAGUUUUUAAAGGAUCUCCUUAGGAACAAAGAAAAAUUAGGAGAGUUGUCUAACGUCCCGUUGAAUGGGGGGUGUUCUGCCGUGGUGCUCAAUAAGCUUCCCGAAAAGCUUACCGAUCCGGGUAUUUUCACCAUCCCUUGUCUAUUCGGUAGUAACACCAACACUCGUGCCUUAGCCGACUUAGGAGCUAGUAUCAACUUGAUGCCCUUUUCUCUUUAUGAGAAACUAGACCUAGGAGAGCUUGCACCUACCCGAAUGACAUUGUCUUUAGCCGAUCGGUCCGUUAAGUACCCUAGGGGCAUAGUGGAGAACUUGUUAGUUAAGGUAGACAAAUUCGUGUUUCCCGCCGAUUUCGUAAUUCUAGAUAUGGAAGCGGAUGAGAGAGUGCCCAUUAUCUUAGGUCGUCCUUUCUUACGCACCGCUAAAGCUCUCAUAGAUGUCUACGAUGGUAAGAUCACCCUUAGAGUCGGUGAGGAGAGGGUUACCUUUGAGAUAGACCGUUCUAUGGACCACCCGAGUGGUUCGGAUGACUAUAGUGGUCCUUGCCAUUCCGUCUACUUUUUGAACUCAUUUAUCUCGUGUGUCGACCAUUGCUUAGAGUACAUUAGUGGAGCGGACCUAGUGGUAAGAGAGAAGGAAGAAGAGAAGUUAGAGAGUGUAGGUGAAGUCGAAGAGGAGGGGAUUCCUUUAAUCCCCGAUGUGUUAGCGGUUAGUGAUGACACCACCCAACCCCCACCCUUGGAACUUAAAGUACUUCCAUCUCACUUAGAGUAUGCUUUCUUAGGGGAGGGUUCCGAACUACCCGUUAUUAUUUCAUCCGCGUUAGAUGAGAGUGAGAAAGUGAGGUUGUUAGAUGUGUUGAGGGCCAACAAAGAGGCCAUUGCAUGGAGGUUGUCCGACAUUAAGGGCAUAAGCCCUUCCUAUUGCACCCACCAGAUACUCAUGGAGGAUGAUUAUAAACUGGUGGUGCAACCCCAACGGAGGCUUAAUCCCAACAUGCAAGAUGUAGUGAAAAAAGAGGUUCUUAAACUCUUAGAUGCCGGGAUGAUAUAUCCCAUUUCCGAUUCACCUUGGGUUAGUCCUACACAGGUUGUCCCCAAGAAGGGGGGAUGA